GACUCGCGUAACUUAUUGGUGGCAUCACUGCUAGCAACGCUUUUCCGCAUUUUCUGAGCGCGUUGGUCUUUCUAUUCUGUUCUCUCCGUUGAUCAAGAUGGCUGAUCAGACCGAGCGUGCUUUCCAAAAGCAACCGACGAUCUUUCUUAAUCGUAAGAAAGGUCUGGGCCCGAAGCGCAGGAAGCCUAUGAGAUACAGCCGUAAUGUCGGACUUGGUUUCAAGACGCCCCGCGAAGCUCUCGAAGGAACCUACAUUGAUAAGAAAUGUCCCUUCACGGGCAACGUCUCAAUUAGAGGACGUAUUCUCACUGGUGUUGUACAAAAAAUGAAGAUGCAACGUACUAUAGUUAUACGCAGGGAUUAUCUGCAUUAUAUUAGAAAGUACAAUCGAUUUGAGAAGCGUCAUCGUAACAUGAGUGUCCAUCUCAGCCCUUGCUUUAGGGACGUAGAGAUUGGUGAUGUAGUCACUAUUGGAGAAUGCAGACCUUUGAGCAAAACUGUGAGAUUUAAUGUAUUGAAGGUUUCAAAGGGAACAGGAUCAAAGAAAAGUUUCAAGAAGUUCUGAAUCUACUUUCGUGGCAAUGGUUUAUUUGUUAAAAUUUGACAAAUGUUAAGGUAAGAAAAACUUGUGAAAGCUUACAAGUCAUGUAACUGUAAAAAAAGUGGUACGGUUAUGUGUGUUGUAACUUUCACAUUCUGUGAAAAUGAAGGAAAUAAAGUACUUUCUGUAAAACUA